CUCCGGCAUAGACUACCCUACUCAGCCGCAUCCUCAACCUCAUCCCCAUCCGCAUCCCCAUCCUCAACCUCAACCACAUCGUCCUUGUUCUCGUCCUGAGACUGAGGCUGAGAUUCAGAUUCUGAUGCGGAUUCGGAUCCAGUGGCAGACGGCCGCUGUUCGUGCCCCUCGAUCCGCACUAAUGGCCGCAAUUGUGGGCUGCCUCCUCGAAUCAUCGCCCGCCCGGCAGAUUCAUCCCGACCCAAAUUGUCAGCAACAAUGUGCAGCAUGGGUUGUGUGCACUGUGAUUCACCCCUCCUGAUAAUAUCUUAAUAGAUUCUUUUCGCCCGGCUGCGGGUUCAUUUGAAUUUGAAUUUGAAUUUGAAUUCAGUGCGACUUUCGCAGGAUUGCCGGCUCUGUCAGUCAUUCCGUCAAUGUCUCUGUGGCUAUCCAAAGGUGUCUUGUCCAGAGGCCUUUGGCUGACUUCUUAGCGUUCUCGUUCCCAUUCUCGUUUGCGUUUUGUGACAGGAUCCUUCGUCUCCUUGGUGCAAUUUGUAUAAUGAGCAUUUGGCACACAACUCCUUUGACUUUCAGCACCUCAUUGUGCCCGUUGACUGGUGGCAUCUGGAUUUUAUUGUGGCCAUGAAAGACAUUCUUCGCAUCCUCCUUCUGGGUUAUUAAUUUGAUUUUAUUAACACUGCUCAGUAGUCUUAGGUGUUGGCAAUGCAAUUUUAGCUUCAAUCUUAAGCGUUCUAAAUAUUUAGAAUAAACAUUAAAAAUUACAAAUUUACGCAUUUUAACAUUGCAGUGAAAACGUAAAUAUAUUCUUUAUAAUAAUAAAACGUUGCAACGAAUAAUAAAAUAUCGCAGUUUAACUUUUAGCAGUCCUUCACGCCUCAAAACGGCUGUUAAUUAUUUUCUAUUUCUAUAAUCUGUUUAACUACCCGACAUGUAUUAAAUAAUAAUUUUAUAUAAACAGAAUAGGUAUUAAAAACAAUUCAAUUCUAAAUCAUGAAAACAAUUAAACAUUGGUUAAAUUAAAUGGCAGUUUUGAGGAAAUUUUUAUUUUGCACCAUCAUUUAAGCUCCAAAGGCCAUGUCGAACGUGUUGAAAAUAGUUGUUAUACUAGCAACAUUUAUAUUGACAUGGAGAUUCAGUUAUUCUGUCACCUAUAAACUUACAAAUGUGAAUUGCGCUAGCCACAACAAAUCAUGGGUUACAAUUAAUGAGUUUUCAAACAUCAAUCACACUUGCCCGUACUAUGGAGACAUUUUAAUUAGAGGAAUGUAUCUCAGAACUGAAAUUAAGGCAAUACCGUAUCCAUCCGGAAAAUAUAUGCUGCAAAUGAACUGGAAAUUCUAUCAGAAACUUCAGUUAGUAACCAAUGUUAGUUACGACUUCAUUGAAAAUUUGUUAUAAUGCAUAUAACUUAUUUGCAAUUAUUAAGAAAUCUCAACAUAAAUGUAAUGUGAUGUAAAUUUGGAAUGCAAUUGUAUUUUGUAUUUAAUAUAUCCGUUUAAAUGUUGAAUAAUUCAUAGACACAUGUGUACGUUUCAAUUACAAAUACUAAUAAAUUAUUAUGAAUAAUAUGUCGAUUUA